GCAUCCGCCAGCAGGUUCGGUUGAGAGACGGAAUAACUGGUUUGCCUGUGAGUGAGCAGCAGUAGCAGCAGCUCAGUGGGUGAGCAUGAGGAUCUUUCACAUCAAGCACUAUGGAUAAAUACAUGAAGUUGAACAAAAUCGGAGAAGGAUCAUUUGGAAAAGCUAUUCUUGUCAACUCAAAAGAAGAUGGCCGACAGUACGUUAUCAAAGAAAUCAACAUUUCCAGGAUGUCAAAUAAGGAGAGGGAAGAGUCAAGGAGAGAAGUAGCAGUGUUGGCAAAUAUGAAACAUCCAAACAUUGUACAGUAUAAGGAAUCCUUUGAAGAAAAUGGUUGCCUUUACAUAGUCAUGGAUUACUGUGAAGGUGGUGAUCUUUUCAAACGGAUUAAUGCACAGAAAGGAGUUUUAUUCUCUGAGGACCAGAUCCUGGAUUGGUUUGUGCAAAUCUGCUUAGCUCUGAAACAUGUUCAUGAUCGAAAGAUUCUGCACCGAGAUAUAAAGUCACAGAAUAUCUUUCUGACCAAAGGUGGAACAGUUCAGUUGGGAGAUUUUGGAAUAGCUAGAGUGCUUAACAGUACUGUAGAGCUGGCCCGUACAUGCAUUGGCACACCAUACUACCUGUCCCCGGAAAUAUGCGAAAAUAAGCCAUACAACAACAAAAGUGAUAUUUGGGCUUUGGGCUGUGUCUUAUAUGAGAUGUGCACCCUGAAACAUGCAUUUGAAGCCGGUAACAUGAAAAACUUAGUACUGAAGAUAAUCCGUGGAUCUUACCCACCCGUGUCUGUUCAUUAUACCUAUGAUCUGCGUAACUUAAUGUCACAGUUGUUUAAAAGAAAUCCAAGGGAUAGACCUUCAGUAAGCUCCAUACUGAAGAAGCCAUUUCUAGCUAGAAGAAUUGACAAGUUACUUUCAGUGGAUCUCAUUGUUGAAGAAUUUGGUCAUACAGUUCCACAUCAUGCUCCAAAACCAGUUAUCCCCAGUGCAGCAGUAAAAAGACCAGGUCCAGUCUCUGGAUCUGCAGGACCUGCACAGAAAAUCACCAAACCAGCCGCCAAAUACAGAGUGCCAUUGACUGUAAAAUCUGCAGAGGCAGCUAAAAAGAUUUCUGAUAAGAAACCACUGAAAUAUAAACAGGCUUCACCCACUCCAGUGAAGAAAAUGAAUCCGGUGGCAGAAAGGAGGAAAAUGUUUGAGGAAGCAUCCAAAAAGAGAAAGCAGGAACUCCUUGAAAGAGAAAGAAAGCAAAGGGAACAGAUAAAUUUGCUGAAAGCUGAGCAGAUGAGACGGAUGGAAAAAGAACGGGUUGAAAGAAUCAAUCGAGCCAGAGAACAAGGAUGGAGACAUGUGCUGGGUGUAGGUGGUUCUUUGGGAAGUGGUGAACAUAAGGUUCCGUUCUCUGGUGGAGGAGGUGGUGGUGGAGGUGCUGGAGCUAUUUUACCUGCACCAGCACUUAACAGUGUGCCACGCUAUGAACAUUACCAUGCUAUUCUUGACCAAAUCCAACAGCAGCAGAAAGAAAACAUUAAAGGCUUUGAGGAGAAAGCCUUUAAGUGGAAGAUAGAGGCACCACCUAAAGAACCUGUUUUCAGGGGCUUGCCAGCAGCUGCUGGUCCUGUGUUUCAUAAUGGACCAGGAGGUCUUCACCAACUACCUGAUGCUGAAGCUGUCAGAAGAGAAGUGAAGAGACUUGAAAAUGUAGCCAAGCAAGCAAAUUCGUACAGGCAGCGAGGAUAUGCAGCUGCAGAAAGGGCAAAACAAGUGGAAGAAUUUUGGCAACGAAAGCGGGAAGCAUUACAGAAUAAAGCACGUGGUGAAGGACACUUGGGGAUUCUGCAAAACCUGGCAGCUAUCUAUGGAGGCAGGUCCAUUUCAACAGGAAGAGGAAAAUCCAGAAGCAAGGAGGAAGAGGAGUACUUGGCAAGACUCCGACAAAUACGACUUCAGAACUUCAAUGAACGACAAGAAAUUAAAGCAAAACUUAGAGGAGAGAAGUGCGACAGUGAUGGUUCAGAUGGACAAGAAUCUAGCGAUGAGGCUGAGCUAAAGCGCAAAAAAAUUGAGGCUCUUAAGGCUCAAGCAAAUACACGUGCUGCAGUUCUUAAAGAGCAACUUGAGAAAAAGAGAAGAGAGGCUUAUGAAAGAGAAAAGAAGGCCUGGGAAGAACAUCUUGCAGCAAAAGGUUUUAAGCAAGUAUUUGCGGCUACUCCUACGGCAUCAGCUGCAUCAUCAUCUUCUUCCCCAGGAAGACAAGCAUCAGCCCCAUCUUCCAAACCCCAGUCACCAGCCAAGUCCUGUACACCUGCUAUUUCCAUGACUGCUGCACUGAAAGAUGUAGGCAUUGAAGGAGAAACACAAACCGUGAAGGAAAUAUCUGAGGAAAUGAAAAAGACUGGUGCUUCCAUUAUUCAGAAGGAGAAGCAAGAAAUUUUGCGCAGGUUAAAUCAACAUUUUAAAUCUCAGGAAAACCAUGAUUCAGCUACAGUAUCACACCAGACAAAUGCUGAGCUGUCUAAAACUAAUCGGCUUCAACCUGAAGAGCAGCUCGAGAGUGGGCCUCCCUUCGCAGGGGAAAGAAAGAAGUGGGAAGCAGAGCCUCCGCCUGUAUUUCCUCUCGCACAGCUCACACUUGAAGAAUCCUGCUCAGGGACAAAAGCUCAGACCUCAGGAGAAGUUAUCCAACUGUUCCUUAAAGAUGAACCUCGUAAAGUUUGGGAGAAAGAACCUUCUGAUACUGUUUUGAAAGCUUUAGGGGAAGCAGAACUGCAACUUCAGACAGGAAUGUUGUUGGAUGAACCCUCCGUUAAAACAAAAGACUCUCGGGCUGAAACGACUGAAGAGACACUCACACUGGUCAUUGAUGCUGCCAAUGACAGCAUAUGUCAAAAAGGUCCCGAUGAAACUGUUGAAAUUUCAGUAAUUGCUCCUGGCCAGGCAGCCUCAUCAGAAAUUCAAACAGCAGACCAAUUAGAGAUGAAGAAUGCUCAGUCAAGUGAAAAAUCUAUUUCUGUGUCAAAACCAGUAGAGUUUGAUGAGAAGAUAGAAGAGCCAGAGGACUUGGAAACUGAGGCACUAGAAGAAGGAGAACCAAUAAGUAAAGAUAAAAUGUCUGUGGCCCCCAUUAUAUUUGGUGCCUGGGAAAAAGAAAGUGAUACAAAAAGAUCACUAGAUGGUGCUGUUGCUCAGGCAGAAAAGACAGAGGAGGAUGUGCUCAAAACCAACAAAUACAGUGAAGUGCCAGACAGCAAAGUGGAUGCUGAAUGUUGCAGGAGUGAAAUCCGAGAAAGUGAACCUCUUUUCCAGAAGAUGCCAUGCCCACAGGACAGAGCAGCAGCUAUGUUGUCAAGGGAAUCCUCACAGGAAGAGUCACCAGGCCCCAGGCCAUUGUUUUGGUCAUUAUCACCAGCAAAUUUCAAAGACAAACAUUCUCUCUUAAUUGGGCUGUCAACUGGAUUGUUUGAUGCAAACAACCCAAAGAUGCUAAGGACCUGUUCACUCCCUGACCUCAACAAAAUGUUUAAGACGUACGUUGAUGAUCUUAAUGCAUCUGAUGCUCCUGAGGAUAAUCUUGAACUAGAUGAAAUAGAAGAUGAGCCCAACAAGGAUGAGUACCACUCUGAUUCAGACACUAUAUUUGGAGAAGGCGAUGCAGAUGACCUACAGGAGCUUCAGGAAUCGAUGGAGCGUCUGUUGCAGGAGCAGCCCAGUGAAGAGUUCAGUGAGGAGGAGGAGGAGGAGGUAGCUUCCAAUUCAAGUCCUCCUGAAGAAAGUGUUUAUAAUGCGGAAUCGUCAGUGAAUGGAGCAGAGGGGGAAGAUGAUGAAAAUCCAGCAAGCAGCAGUGACCAAAGUGCAAUUCAUGAAGAGUGGCAUUCAGAGACAUGGCUGCAAAGUGAAGAUGGACAAGAGAUGAAGCUGGGAUGGUAUAGCAUGUUUCAAAAAGAUAGAGCAGGUGUCACCACAGAAGGAUUAUUCUGGCAAUACUCCAAAAAUGACAGUGAGGAAGAUGUUGCAGGUGGAAGUGCCGAGUUUGACAGCGUCUUCAGCAGACUGGAGGAGCUGCGAAUGACACUGGAGCAAGAAAUGGGCUUUGAAAAUUUCAUUGAAGCUUAUAACAAAAUCAAGGCAAUACAUGAAGAUGAAGAUGAGAACAUUGACAUUGGUACUACAAUAGUGCAGGUCAUUCUGGGUCCUCAGUUUGAGCACCUAUAUUCCAAAAUUCUCCAUCUUGUCAUGGCAGAUGGAGUAUAUCAAGAAGACAAUGACGAAUAAAAUCAGCCAUUCAGGGACAUGCCUGUGAGAGGAAUAUUCUGUUUUGUGUGUGAGCAUAUGCCAAUUUUUGAAGAUGCUAGAACUAUUUGAUUCUAGUCAAAUGGAUGCAAGUUCAGAUUCUUCGAAGUUACAGUACUGCAUAUGAAUGCAUGCAUGGAACAUGGUUUGAUUUUUAUCCCUUUCCCAGGAUUCUAAUCUUACUUACUUGGAAGGUUUCUGAAGCGUGUUGCCUUUUUGUUUAAGGAUCUAGCUGCUGAAGAAAGGUAUGCAUAUUUAAAAGAAUUCUCCAACCAAAGUGCUCCCUUCAAAGCCCCAAGUGGUGUUACAGUAUUGAAAUGGAAUGGAUUAUGAAAUUUUAUGUAAUUCAAAGUCUGUACAUUUUCCAUUUCCAUUGCAAAUGAGGGGUGACCUAUUGUGGAGGAAUCCUUUCCCAAGUUUUGUGCUGCAGAACACUAACCUGAAAGUAAACUUUUACGUUGUAAUAUAGGUACAAUUUAUUGUACAGUACUUCAAAGUACAAAGUUCAUACAAAUGUAUUAUAUCUUUCUAAUUAUCAGGAAU